AUGCCUGAGAGAGUCAUCGUUGUUGGUGCUGGCUUGUCCGGCUUGAGCGCUGCUCACACCAUCUACUUGUCUGGUGGCAAUGUAGUGCUCCUCGAUAAGAACAACUUCAUGGGAGGCAACUCCACAAAGGCUACCUCGGGAAUAAAUGGUGCCCUCACCCGGACACAGGUGGACCACAAGAUUCCGGACAGCGUUAAGCAGUUCUACGAUGAUACCCUCAAGUCCGCCCGAGACAAGGCGCGGCCAGACCUCAUCAAGGUCCUGACUUACAAGUCUGCCGCUGCCGUUGAGUGGCUGAUGGAUGUUUUCAACCUCGACCUGACUCUCGUUUCCCGACUAGGUGGUCACUCGCAUCCGAGAACGCACCGUGGCCACGAUGCCAAGUUCCCCGGCAUGGCCAUCACAUACGCCCUCAUGCAGCGGUUUGAGGAGCUUGCCGAGGCCGAGCCGGAGCGCGUCCAGCUCAUCAAGAAGGCGAACGUGAAGAAGGUCAACAUGAACGGCAACACCGCCUCCGGUGUUACAUACGUCUUCAACGGCGAAGAGACAACACUCGAAGGCCCAGUCGUACUUGCGACUGGUGGUUACGCCGCUGAUUUCACAGAGACCUCUCUGCUGAAGAAGUGGAGGCCAGACACCUACGACCUCUCCACCACCAACGGCGCACACGCUACUGGUGACGGUCACAAGAUGUUGAUGUCUGUCGGUGCCCAGGGCAUUGACAUGGACAAGGUCCAGGUUCACCCAACUGGUUUGGUUGACCCCAAGGACCCCACGGCUAAGACCAAGUUCUUGGCCGCAGAAGCUCUCCGUGGUGAGGGUGGUAUCCUUCUCAACAGCAAGGGCAAGAGAUUCUGCGACGACCUCGGACACCGUGACUACGUCUCCGGCAUGAUGUGGGAGGAGAAGAAGAAGGACCUGUGGCCCAUCCGACUGGUCCUCAACUCCAAAGCAUCCAAUGUUCUCGACUUCCACACUAGGCAUUACUCUGGCCGUGGCCUGAUGAAGAAGAUGAGCGGUAAGGAGUUGGCAAAGGAAAUUGGUGUCAGUGACAAGGAGCUCCAAGAGGAAUUCCAAAGCUACAAUGCCAUCGCCAAGGGCGACAAGAAGGAUCAGUGGGGCAAGAAGUACUUCCACAACGUGCCCUUCGACAUUAACGACACUUUCCACGUCGCCCUCAUGGAGCCCGUGCUUCACUUCACCAUGGGUGGUAUCGAGAUCAAUGACCAGGCCGAGUGCUUGAAUGCCGACGGCAAGCCCUUCGAUGGACUAUUUGUCUGCGGUGAAUUGGCUGGUGGUGUCCACGGUGCUAACCGUCUCGGUGGAUCGUCGCUGCUUGGCUGCGUUGUCUACGGUCGCGUAGCAGGAGAGUCGGCGUCGAAGUACCUUUUCCAGCAGGCGCUCAACAGCGCAGGCGGCUCAGCCGUUUCUCGUCUCGGCCAGAUCUCACUACACAUCGAUCCUUCACAGCCUGGCAGGGUCACGGUUGACUGGGGUAACGGUACCGACGCCUCUGCUUCCUCAUCGUCGGACGGCUCUAAAAUCGCGCAGCAGAAGCAACAGUCAGCAGGCCCCGUGCUUAAGUCGGAUGCUGAUUCGAAAGACCCCGGCAAGGUGUCAAAACCCAACGAGCCUAAGAAGUUUGAGGUCCCUGCUAAGGAGUACACCCUCGAGGAGGUCGCAAAGCACAACAAGAAGGAUGAUCUUUGGAUUGCAGUAAAAGGUGUCGUCAUGGACCUAACAAACUGGACAGACGAACACCCUGGAGGACCUCAGGCGCUUUUCAGCCACAUGGGCAAGGACGCGUCGGAGGAGUUCGAGAUGUUGCACGACGAUGAGGUUAUUCCUAAGUACGCACCCGAAGUCGUCAUCGGCAGGGUGAAGGGCCAAGAGAUCACUCUGGAGUACUAG